CUGACAUGGAUUAAAAAUUUCCACAUCACGUGGCCUCUCUAGCCAUUACCUCUGCCGGCCAGCUUCCAUAGCCGCCGCCUCCGGAGUCCGGCCUCUACCUUCACCUCAACCACCCCUUCCGCCAUACAAACGUCCUCCGACCACCACCUCCGUCCCUUCGUCUCCUCCUUUGAAACGAACUCCAGCCGCGCCGACUUCCGUAGCAUUCACCUCCGCCGUCCUUACCACCAUACCAACCGCCUCGACCCGGCUUCCACCUCCAUGGUCUCCACCUUCAUCUUUUCUAUUGGAAGUUGGAACGACCUCCAACCACCCCAGCCUCCAUAGCUACCACCACCAGCUCCACCAUAGAUCUGUAGUCUGUGCAGGAGGGAACUGAGGAGAUGGAGUUGCAGAUCCAUAGGAGAAAUAGAAAAGGGAAAGAAAAAUUAAAAGCAUCGAAAGAAAGAAACGAACAAGGGGGAGCUGCGGACUGGGAAAUUAAAGGUGAAGAGUAGCGGACCAGGAAGAAAGAAGAAAGAGAAAAAAAAAGAGAAAGUAGGAAGAGAGAAAAGAAAAUUGAAAAAGGGAAGGGAAAACUGUCAAUUGAUGUGGAAAUUUGUAAUCCAUGUCAGCAACGGAACCCUCAAUGUACGAUGUCCACUUGAGCGAGCAACGGGCUAACCGGGAAGCAUCCGGUUAUGUAGACCUAAUUGACAGGAUUUUCAUUGUUGGCGGGUUCAAUUGAGGGUUUCCAAAGUACGGGGACUCCAUUGACGGAUCGCGCAUAGUAGGAGGGCGCAAUUGACAGUUUUCCCUUGAUUUUAAGAAUUUUAAAUGUGACUUGAAGGCGUACGUAGUUGGCGUGGAUGCUCAAAUGCUGAUAGAUAAAAUUUUCAGAAAGAAAGAGGUUUGCUCAGCCUUUGCUUUUGACUAUGAUGUCGAUGAGAGUGAUCAAUUGACACGUAUAUUUUGGGCUGAUCCAGUUUGCAUAAGGAACUAUGCUUUAUUUGGGGAUGUUGUUUCUUUUGAUGCUACUUAUGAGACAAAUCGGUAUAACAUGGUUUUUGCUCUUUUUACCGGUGUUGAUAAUCAUAAAAAAUGCAUUACAUUUGAUGUGGGUUUGUUGUUGAAAGAAGAUGUUGAAUCAUAUGCUUGAUUGUUUCGGUGUUUUCUUAAUGCAAUGGGCCAUGAACCAAAGUGCAUCAUAACUGACCAAGACCCGGCAAUGAAGAUUGCUAUUCCACAGGUUUUCACUACGACGUGUCAUAGAUUUUGCAUGUGACAUAUAAUGUCCAAGCUUAGUGCAAAAGUUGGACCUGUCUUGAGUAAGGAUAUGAAUUUCUUGAAUAAAUUGAAUUAUGUUGUAUGGAGUCAUUAUCUUCAGCCUGCUGAAUUUGAAAAGGAAUGGAAUAUGGUAAUGAAAGAAUUUGACUUACUUGAUCACAACUGGUUCACACACAUGUUUGAAAUUCUCAGGCUUUGGAUCCCUGCUUAUUUUGGUGACGUUUUGAUGGCUGGUUUGCUUAGGACUACAUCACGUUCAGAAAGCGAGAAUAAUUUUUUCAAUGAAUUCACGAAUCCUAACUUCAGUCUGAUUGAAUUUUAUAUGCAUUUUGAAAGUGCUAUGGAUUCACAAAGACACAAUAGUGCACAGUUGACCAAAGUUUCUGAGUCAUGCAUUCCUGAAUACAAAACUCCAUUACAUAUUGAGAGAUAUGCUUCGUCUGUUUAUAAUCAUUCCAUUUUCUAUGUCGUUCAGAAGGAAAUAUGUUCCACUUGUUUUUCUUGUGGUGUACAUAGUGUUCGACAUGAAGAUGGUGCGUCUCAGUAUGUAAUAUCUGAUGAGCGAGGUUUUAGUUUCACAGUUGAGCACAAUAGCAGCGAUUGUACUACAAGUUGCA